AUGAACUUAUCUCUUUUCGACGUAUGCAGCAAAGAUCAGAUUUACAAAUGGUGGGAACAAAUAUCAGAUGAUAUUUUACUAUGCAAUGAUCGUAUUUCAUUAAUACAAUGCCUGACAAGUGCAGAACAAGAGCUCCGUGAAAUUUUAGAAAUCCCUCCAUUUACUCCAGAAAAUUACUCAAAAUUCGUUCAAGUCAAAGAAAUUGAGUUCAUUUUAAAGACAAAGCUGCCAGAAUCAGAAGACAAUAUUGAAGUUUUAACAGAAAGUAUAGAAAAGUGCAGAAAAGAAAUCAAGAAAAUUCGAGAUUAUGCUAAUGAAAUGUCUUCAUGCUCUUCAACUUUUCAAGAAAUUCCACUAUCAAUGAAAUUUUCUCUUGGAAAUCUAGCAUCAGAUAUUAUGAGUAACCCAGAGAGGUUUGAAGAUCCUUUACUUAAAAAAAUAUUCCAGCCGUCAACAAAUAAAAAUUCUAUUCCAAUUACUGAUAAAGAGCAAACACCAAUAAAGCCUUCCCAAUUUUUUGCGGAUAUCUUUCGGUCUUAG